AUGUCUUUGUUUAGAUAUCGACCAUUAUCUACACCACGAUCCAUCCGUUUGCUAUCAAUUGCUGAAGCAGACAAUAGUGGCAGCCCUAUUCUGACAUGCUACCUAACAGAGGUCUCUCUAGAUUCUCCCUCCCUCAAUUAUUACGCCCUCUCGUACACGUGGGGAGACCCUUCACGAACCACCCGUAUACUGGUUAAUGGGGAAUGGCUAGUUUGCGUCUGCCAAAAGGAAUCUCAGACCCCAGUGCCUCUUGAUCACCGGUUUACCUUCCCGACACUAUUGUGGGUUGAUGCUAUUUGCAUUAACCAAAAUGACCUGGAUGAGCGAGCGCAGCAAGUAACUCUCAUGCAAGAGAUUUACUCUCGCGCAUCCUCGGUCCUCGUUUGGCUUGGCAGGGCUACUGAGCAGACUGUUCCUGCAUUUCGCCUGCUUCUUGGACUAGCAGAUAUCUCCCGCUCAAGUCUAGAUGUUGCCCGGGAAUACAUCGCCCACGUUAUCAGAAAUGAAUGCUUCAAAGGUCAUUGGCUAGCACUAGGCGAGCUUCUUCAACGGGAAUGGUGGCACCGCGUCUGGACCAUUCAAGAGGUUGUUCUGGGUUCAGACAUCCAGGUCAUCUGUGGCCCAUUUGCGGUAGAAUGGGACCGGAUCAUGCAGGCUACCGCAGUUUUCAAGCUAUGUUACCGUUUUAUGGACGAGCUGAUAGAAGCCACAACUUUCUCUACGACAUAUCAUUACCUGUUUCCAUUCCGGAGUGGCGCACAUAGAAUGAAGGUUAUUAAAUUAUUGAAGUUUUUCAUAAGCCAAAAGAAAGAUCCCCGGUUAUUGCGAAGCCCCUCUUCGGAUGGACAUUUGGCAAGUCUGCUAGAUAUGACGAGAAACUACGAUGCAACGGAUCCCAGAGACAAAGUCUAUGCUAUUCUUGGACUACUGGAAGAACUUGGAUAUAAGUCACCCCUUAGGGUCAGUUAUCGUGUCUCUGUUGAGGAACUUUACACCCACGUUGCAAAGAUUCUACAGCAGGACAGUGAUACUUUGAAUGUCAUGAGCCACGUGGAGGUUAAUCCGUUAACCCGUCAAGGAACACUGUCUGGCCUGCCUUCAUGGGUCCCCAACUGGACUGUUCCGUCGAGUUACAAGUCGGUAGCUGAAAAGGCAGCAUAUCCAGAUUUAAAGCAGCAAACGCAAGACAACCAAGAUUCUGGAGGUCCAAAACAAAGCUUCGGUUUCACUGGGAACUCCAAGGCUAACUGCCAAUUCCCAUCGAACGGAAACAAAAUGGUUGUCGAAGGUUUUAUAUUCGACAACAUACACCAGAUAGAGACGCGCUUUAUUGAUCUUGAGCCUCGUUUGAAGAUAGAAGGGGCAAAACGGUACGGAUAUAGGAUAGGCUGGAAGCCACCGAGCGCAAGCCAUCAGUUCGAAUAUCACGCCUACUGGCUGGCUUGGCUUGGCUUUCAAACAGAAUUUCCUAACCCUGAGACUGCAGUUCCGCGGCGAAUUGGAGAAAAGACUCGACAUGUUGACUUAACAUGCUUCAAGACUCAAGUCACAGGUGUUUUGGGAAGCACAGAUGUGUCAAUAAGGGUCGGAGAUGCUAUUUGUGGCCUGAUGGGGGCCAGGGUUCCCUAUAUUCUGCGACCAUGCGGUAAUUCAUGGAUGUUUGUUGGUCCCUGCCACCUGACUGAUCUCGAGGUUAUGAACGGUCUGUUGAUGAAAAAGCUGGGUGCGGGAAAGUUCGCGCUUCGGAAUUUUAUGAUUAAAUGA